AUGGACGAGAAAGUUUUGGUCACUGGCUGCAACGGUUUCAUUGCCCUUCACGUAUUGAGCGUUUUACUCUCGGAGGGAUUCCAUGUCAUCGGAACAGUGCGUUCGCAGAGCAAGGGCAACAAAGUUAAGGAAUCGUUUGCCGAACUGUACCCCUAUGCCAAACUCGACAUCGAGAUCGUGAGCGAUAUCACCCAAGAGGGAGCCUUCGACGCCGUGCUCAAGAAGUACCCAGACCUGCAACAUGUGCUGCACAUGGCCGCGAACUUCUCGUUCGGAUCGGACCAGGGCACCAACGAAGAGACUUAUUUGAUCCCCUCGACCGCAGGCACCAAGAGCAUCUUGAACUCAGUGUUGAAGCUGGGCUCGAACGUCAAAACCGUGGUGCAGACGUCGUCGUUUGCGUCGAUCAUGAACGUAGAAAAUCCAGGACUUCUCCACACGGAAGAGACCUGGAACCCUAUCACCUGGGAUAAGGCCAAGGACAACGCUGCUUCAGCAUACGUGGCGUCCAAGAAAUUGGCAGAAAAAGUGUCGUGGGAGUUUCUAGAAGAACACGCCUCGGAGGUCAAGUUCAGAUACACAGCUGUGUGCCCUCCAUACGUGCUGGGGCCUCAAAUGUUCGAGUGGGGGUUGGCCUCGGACACCCUCAACACCUCUGCAGAGCUCGUCAACAGCGCUUUGAAGAGCACUCCAAAAUCCGAGAUAAACACUGAGGAGCCUAACGGGUUGGUAUGCGACGUCCGCGAUGUUGCUCUGCUCCACAUGCUUCCUCUGCGCAACGAAAAACUCGGUGGCCAGAGACUCUUCCCCGUCUCUGGCGCGAACUUGAAGGACCACCAGUACGAAGAUGCCAAAUUCAACGUACAGCGCAUCUUAGAUGUGUUGAAUGCCAAGUUCCCAGAACUAAAUGGUAAGAUCUCUAAGGGAACUACAAAGGACAACAAGGGGGCUCUGGCCAAGAUAUUCAACUACAACACCGAUCUCACUUGCGAGCUCACCGGAUUGGAUUUCAAGCCUUUUGAAGUGACAGUUUUCGACUCCGCUAAGCAAAUCUUGGAUUACCAAGCUGCCCACAAAUGA